UUCCAGCAAUUCAGUGCCGCACUUCGAUCGCAGUGGACGUACCUCGCUUACUCUCGCCGUUUGCUCGCGUGUUUUGUGUGUGUUUCUCGCCGAUCCAUCGCAUCCGCCCCCAUCCGUCCCUCCGCCGGAACCGAGUGAUAUCCGUUUUGUGGAAGACAAAAGCCAUGUUGAAAUCCAUUCUCGUUUUGUCGUGCCUUUUGGCCAUCAGCCUGGUCAGCGCCGAGGAUCUGAAGGUGGACGUGAUCAGUCUGCCCGAGGGAUGUGAACAAAAAUCCAAGUCCGGCGAUUCCCUCACCAUGCAUUACACCGGAACCCUGCUGGCCGAUGGCAAGAAGUUCGACUCGAGCUUUGACCGCGACCAGCCCUUCACAUUCCAAUUGGGCGCUGGCCAGGUGAUUAAGGGUUGGGAUCAGGGUCUGCUCGACAUGUGCGUGGGUGAGAAGCGCAAGCUGACCAUUCCUCCCCAGCUUGGUUAUGGUGAUCAGGGUGCCGGCAAUGUCAUCCCGCCCAAGGCUACCCUUGUCUUUGAGGUGGAGCUGAUCAAUAUUGGUAAUGCCCCAGCCACCACGAAUGUCUUCAAGGAGAUCGAUGAGAAUGCCGACAAGCAGCUGAGUCGCGAAGAGGUAAUCGUCUAUGUCAGCGAGUAUCUGAAGAAGCAAAUGACCGCCGUGGAGGGUCAGGAUUCAUCCGAGCUGAAGAACAUGCUCGCUGAGAACGACAAGCUGGUGGAGGAGAUCUUCCAGCACGAGGACAAGGACAAGAACGGCUAUAUCUCGCACGACGAGUUCUCUGGCCCCAAGCACGACGAGCUGUAGGAUACCCCUCCAUAGGGUUCACAUUCUCGGGGGUUUUCUUUUACAUCGAAGGGACACGAGUGCUUAAGUUAUAUAAAAUUUCAAAAAUAUAUAUAUAUAUAUACAAACAGAUGAACAGGCAAUAAAUCGAGUGCGACUGAUAAUUCGCGAUGUCAUUCUGUAUAUAGCAUACAUAUCAAGCAUCAGCAAACAUCCAACACAUUCACAUUUUGUGUGUCCCCUCCCCCCCUGGUUCUAGACGUAGUUUAAAUUAUGUACAAUCCGAGAGAGAAUGAACAUCAUUUUUAUAUACAUUUAUAGGUUGUUAUAUUCGAAAAGUUGUGACUAAGUUCUUGUGCGUCGUAAAGGUAUUUUGUAAUCCACACACACACGACAAAGUCAAUUGAAACACACUUUAAACUGAAUAAAGAAUUGCUACCAAUAAUUUAACAACAA